AACUUUUUGACAUUAUUGACGACGCUACUGUAAAAAAGAAAAUUCGAAAUUUCCCACCUUAGAACGUGAAAAAUGUUUAAUUUUAACAAAACUUUCCCACUAAAUAAACGAAUAAUUCGCUUCUACUGUAAGAAAACCCCGACGAACCUAAUAGAAUUGAAAAAAGCCGCUUCGACGAAAGACGCGUCUACGGAAUGCGCAAAAUUUGAAGAGCGUUGUCUGAAACAGGUAUCCCUGGAAAAGGAAGUGGACGCGAAUCUUCAAAGCCGCUUGUCUAAAGAGUGUAGAAUCUUAUUUACCUCGCCGAGUAAUAAAUCGCCUUACACCAAAUGCGGAGCCAUCCAUCUGGACAAAAGCGCUUUCCCCAAGAACUCGCAAGACUGGAUCACUUAUGAUUUCGAUCAAGCCAAAGUGUUGGAUACAGGUGGCACUCUGGAGAUGAAAAGCAUGUCUUGCCUUCCGGAAGUUACCAUUCCUGUGCCACCACAAUCCGCGGUAAAAAUAUCUGAUGUAAGCUCAUCACAAGCAGCGGGAAGUGGAACUGGAAGCUACCCCAACAGACCCAUACGCCAAGAACCAGGCAAAGUUCUGUUUGCUUUUAUUCCCAUAGAGUGGUGGCAAGCCUUCAUCCCUAAAACCGGAGUAACCGGCUUCGGUAUGUUCUUAUUUACCUUAGGAACAUUCCUGGUUAGCAAAGAAAUCUAUGUGUUGGAGCAUUUUUUCUAUCAUGGCCUCAGCUCUGCUAUCCUGUGGUUUCUGGGCAUAAAAUAUAUGGGGCCCCAUGUCGCCCAAUUCGUUGACAAAAAAAUCGAUGCAUACGAAAAACAGUGGAACACGGGACGGGUUCAAGCAAAAGAAGUGCUUGAAGAAAACAUAAUGGAUGAACUUCAUGGGCAGUUCCAGAUGGACGGACAACUGUUACUCAUCGCUGCCAAGAGGGAGAAUGUUCUGUUUCAGCUUGAAGAGGAGAUGAGAAGCAGGCAGAUGUAUGCUUACAAGGAGGUGAAGAAGAGGUUAGAUUAUCAGGUGGCCGUGGAACUUGUGAGACAAAGAGUGCAACAGAGGAAUCUUAUCGAGUAUGUUACCAGGGAGGUUACGAAAGCUGUUACACCAGAGAUGCAAAAUGAACUUAUUUAUUAUUCAAUCGAUAGGAUUAUGCAGGAUUUGGAGAAGGAUAAGAAGGAAAACAAAUAAAUGUAUAUUUACAGGUUUAUCAUGAAUUUGUGUUUCAUACUUUUAUUAUUACUUUUAAGUUUUGUAAUAAAAGUUUCAUGAUUUUUUAUCA